AUGGAGAACGUUACGCUUUGCAUCACAAAACAACUCCACGUGAUCCUCAGCAAACAGUACACACCUGUCCAACUGCUAACCCCAAAGGCAAAGGCAACCACCUGUCACAGGGAACCACCUGUCACAGGCAACCACCUGUCACAGGGAACCACCUGUCACAGGGAACCACCUGUCACAGGGAACCACCUGUCACAGGGAACCACCUGUCACAGGCAACCACCUGUCACAGGGAAUCACCUGUCACAGGGAACCACCUGUCACAGGCAACCACCUGCCACUGGGAACCACCUGUCACAGGGAACCACCUGUCACAGGGAACCACCUGUCACGGGCAACCACCUGUCACAGGGGACCACCUGUCACGGGGAACCACCUGUCACAGGGAACCAGCUGUCGCAGGCAACCACCUGUCACUGGGAACCACCUGUCACAGGGAACCACCUGUCACAGGGAACUACCUGUCAUAGGGAAACACCUGUAACAGGGAACCACCUGUCACUGGCAACCACCUGUCACAGGGAACCACCUGCCACAGGGAAUCACCUGUCACAGGGAACCACCUGUCACAGGGAACCACCACCAGUCACAGGGAACCACCUGUCACAGGGAACCACCUGUUGCAGGGAACCUACUGUCACAGGGAACCGCCUGUUGCAGGGAACCGCCUGUCACAGGGAACCACCUGUAACAGGGAACCACCUGUCACAGGGAACCACCUGUCACAAGGAACCACCUGUUGCAGGGACCGCCUGUCACAGGGAACCGCCUGUUGCAGGCAACCACCUGUCGCAGGAACCACCUGUCACACGGAACCACCUGUCACAGCUAGGGAACCACCUGUCACAGGGAACCGCCUGUCACAGGGAACCAGCUGUCACAGGGAACCACCUGUCACAGGGAACCACCUGUCACAAGGAACCACCGCCAGUCACAAUUAAAGCCACUUUAGAAUAA